AUGGCAGAGCAUACCCAAGCUGGAAGGAAGAAAAGAAGCAGGGAAGAAGCGACUAAACCUACAGCAGAUGAAGAAAUUACAGAUCCCUCCUCUAACGAAGAAGAUGAAGAAUUGAGUCAAGAAGAAGUGGCGGUAGACGAACAGUUGGAAUCUGAUGAAGAAUUUGAAGGAGAAAAUCCAGCUGACAAAAGGAGAAGACUGGCAAGACAAUAUCUGGACAAUUUAAAGGCAGAAGCAAAUGAUAUAAUGGCCGAGAAAGAAGAGGGUUUUGCUGGUGAAAACGCAAACAGAGAAGUCGAUGAUUAUAACAACUUUGAUGCUGGAGAUAUGGAUAAGGAUAUUAUUGCUUCAAGACUGAAGCAGGAUGUAGCCGAACAGCAAGGUCGUGUUUACAGAUUCAUUGCAGAUAACCUUCUUCUUUCAGAAGCUAAAACUACAUUUACAAGAGUUGGUGAUAAGAAUCUAACCUCCUUAAGUUGUUACCAACCAGAUUUGAAGAAGUUCAAUUAUGAAUCUCAACAAGUAAGCAACAAGAAUAAAGACAAAAUAUUUGCAUAUACUGUCAGUAAAGAUAUGCAACUGACAAAGUACGAUGUGACCGAUUUUAAGCAGAGACCAAAAGUAAUGAAGUAUGCAAAAGGUGGUAUUAGGUUUACCCCAGUUUCCAAUCAACAAUAUGAAAAUACAACCGAAGGACAUUAUGACGAAAUUUUGACCGUGGCAGCAUCACCAGACGGUAAAUACGUAGUAACAGGUGGUAGAGAUAGAAAACUUAUUGUGUGGAGUACAGAAUCUCUUGCACCCAUUAAAGUUAUUCCAACCAAAGACCGCCGAGGAGAAGUAUUAUCUCUCGUAUUCAGGAAAAACAGUGACGAACUUUAUGCUUCCUGCGCCGACUACAAGAUCAGAACAUAUUCUAUUAAACAAUUUUCACAACUAGAGACGCUAUAUGGACAUCAUGACAUUGUUGUUGAUAUUUCAGCAUUGAGUAUGGAGAGAUGUGUGACAGUCGGUGCCCGUGAUAGAACUGCUAUGCUUUGGAAAAUUCCAGAUGAGACACGUUUAACCUUUAGAGGAGGGGAUGAUCCUGAGAAGUUAUUGAAAAGGUGGUUGAAGAAUAAUGCCGUUGGACAAGAAGAUGGCGAGUUAAAAUAUCCAGAUAAAUCAGAAGCCCCACUUUUUUUUACUGAAGGUAGCAUUGAUGUUGUGAGCAUGAUUGAUGACAGUCAUUUUAUCACUGGUUCUGAUAAUGGGAAUUUGUCACUUUGGUCACUUGCCAAAAAGAAGCCUAUUUUUAUUGAGAGGGCUGCUCAUGGUUUGAUACCAUUACCUGAUUCCACAGAAAUAUCAGGUGAGGCCAAUAAGGAAGUUAGGGAGAGACAACUGCAAGAAAAGAAACUAUUACAACCUUUCUGGAUUACUGCAAUUUAUGCUAUUCCAUAUUCAAAUGUUUUUAUUUCAGGGUCCGCAAAUGGUUCAUUGAAGGUCUGGAAAAUCAAAGAAAACUUGAGAGAAUUCGAGCUGCUUGGAGAAUUACCAAAUUGUAAAGGUGUAGUGACUAAGAUACAGGCGGUUGAAGCAGGAAGACAUAACAGAGAAACAUUCCGUAUAUUAGCCAGUGUGAGUAAAGAACAUAGAUUAGGAAGAUGGUUUCCAAAGAUACCAGGUGGAAGAAACGGUAUCUUUUCAGCGGUAAUAGAACAAACUGGAUUCUAA